GUGAAAUUGCCCAUUUGCCGACGUUUUGGGGAAGUUGUGAGAUCUUUGGAUGUUGAUGAAAUACACAAUUUUAUGUAACCUGUGGUGUGCGGGAAGUACUUUUGGUGUUUGUUGUUUGUGUGACGUACUUGACAUUUUUAUUUUCUCUCCUAUCUAGUAUGUGCGAUGUCCUCUGCAUUGCUACGUAAAAGCCUUCGUUUGUUUGAAGACGAUUUGACAGAUAAAGUUACCAUUUAUCUUCAGUCAUCCAUCGUGUGACACAUUGGAUUAGACAAUGGGAAAACAUGAAGUUGGCACACCUAAAUACAUUGCCAAUAAAAUUAAGGCAAAAGGCUUACAGAAGCUCCGCUGGUACUGUCAGAUGUGUCAGAAGCAGUGCAGAGACGAGAAUGGUUUCAAGUGUCACAUGAUGUCAGAGUCUCACCAGCGACAGCUGCUGCUUUUUGCUGACAAUGCUGACAAAUACAUUGAUGAAUUUUCGAAAGAGUUCUGUGAUGGUUACUUAGAAUUACUGAAACGACAGUUUGGAACAAAGCGUGUUCAUGCAAAUCGUGUGUACCAGGACUACAUUUCCGAACGUCAUCAUCUUCACAUGAACUCUACUCAGUGGGAAACACUUACAGAUUUUGUGAAGUGGUUAGGGCGUGAAGGCAAAUGUGUUGUGGAUGAAACUGAGAAAGGCUGGUAUGUGCAGUAUAUUGAUAGAGACCCAGAAACUAUUGCCCUGCAAGAAGCAAUGAUGAAAAAGGAAAAAAUGGAUAAAGAUGAUCAAGAAAAAAUGAUGGAAUUUUUGCAGAAGCAAAUUGAAAGAGGAAGAGACUGUUCAAAGCCAGUAUCCAGUACCUAUACAGAAUUUGUCCGACAAAAUGAGGAAGAGAAAUUGAAAUUAAAUCUGAACCUCAUUAACUUGAAGAAGAAAGAUGAUGUUAAAACUGAAUUUAAAAUGCCACUUUUACCAGGAAACAUCGCAGGGUCUGAACAAAGUAAAAAGAGAUCUCUUAAUGAUACUGCUAGUGAAUCUGAGAAAAAAAAGGUAAUGAAAGAAAAAGCCAAAGCAUCUGCAUUGGAUGCUAUCAUUAAUGAAGAGGAGGCAAAAAAGGAAAAGCUCAACCGGAAGGAUUAUUGGUUGACGAAAGACAUUGUAGUCAAAAUUAUUACAAAAUCUCUAGGUGACAAAUAUUACAAGAAAAAGGGAGUAAUUGUAGAAGUUAUUGACAAGUAUGUGGCUGUUGUUUCUGUGUUUGAAACAGGGCACAAGCUUAAAUUAGACCAAGCACAUUUAGAAACUGUUAUUCCUGCUGUUGGUCGUAAAGUGAAAGUUGUGAAUGGUGCAUAUAGAGGUUGUGAGGCAGUUUUGAAACAUCUUGACGAGAAAAAUUUUUGUGUUAGUGUUGAAGUGGCAUCUGGUCCAUUGAAAGGUCGAAUUGUGGAGGGAGUUCAGUAUGAAGAUAUAAGCAAAAUUCAUGUACCAUCUUAACCUAACCCGCAUAUUACUCUGUGACCAUAAUGUAAGCUGUCAUAAUUGUCUGUAGAAAUGAUAUAUUUUGUCUAUGUUGAUGUAUAAAACAUUAUUUUGCAUAUAAUUUAGGAAAUGAAAACACUGAUUGUAUAAGACAGAAGAGAAAUAUAUCUUUAUUCACCAUUGAAAAUUAAUUGUGGUUUAUG